GCGCGGGUCGCGCGGGCGAUGCCGCGCCCCCGGGCCGGGCUGUAGCUGGGCUGCGGCCGGAGCGCGCGCGCGCAGGGCAGACGGGCCAUGGAGGUGGUGGACGAGACCGAAGCGCUACAGCGCUUCUUCGAAGGCCAUGACAUCAGCGGUGCCCUGGAACCUUCCAACAUAGACACCAGUAUCCUGGAGGAGUACAUUGGCAAGGAGGAUGCCUCAGAUCUCUGUUUCCCUGACAUCACUGCUCCGGCCAGCACAGCCUCCUUCCCCCAAGGGCCACCAGCCAUCCCUGGCUCCAGCGGGCUCCACCACCUGAGCCCCCCUGGGAGUGGACCAUCCCCAGGGCGACAUGGCCCCCUCCCACCCCUGAGCUACGGCACCCCACUCAACUGCAACAACAACAACGGCAUGGGUGCUGCUCCCAAGCCCUUCCUAGGGGGCUCUGGGCCUCCCAUCAAGGCAGAGCCCCAGGCUCCCUAUGCCCCAGGCACACUGCCGGACUCACCCCCAGACUCAGGCUCCGAGGCCUACUCCCCCCAGCAGGUGAAUGACCCCCAUCUCCUGCGCACGAUAACCCCGGACACUCUGUGCCACGUGGGAGUUCCCUCCCGACUGGAGCACCCGCCCCCACCCCCAGCCCACUUGCCAGGCCCCCCACCACCCCCGCCACCCCCACCUCACUACCCUAUCCUGCAGCGAGACCUCUACAUGAAGGCUGAACCCCCUGUCCCCCCUUAUGCUGCCAUGGGGCCGGGUCUGGUGCCCCCUGAGCUCCACCACACCCAGCAGUCCCAGGUGCUACACCAGCUGCUGCAGCAGCACGGAGCUGAGCUCCCCCCCCACCCCUCCAAGAAGAGGAAGCACUCCGAAUCACCCCCCAACACCCUCAAUGCCCAAAUGCUGAAUGGAAUGAUCAAGCAGGAGCCUGGGACUGUGACAGCCCUGCCCCCGCACCCUGCCAGAGCCCCAUCCCCACCUUGGCCUCCCCAGGGCCCACUUUCACCCGGCAAUGGCUCCUUGCCCCUUAGCAUCGCCCGGGUCCAGACACCGCCUUGGCACCCACCAGGUGCACCCUCCCCAGGCCUCCUGCAGGACAGUGACAGCCUUAGUGGUUCCUACCUGGACCCCAACUACCAAUCCAUCAAGUGGCAGCCGCAUCAGCAGAACAAGUGGGCGACAUUGUAUGACGCCAACUACAAGGAGCUGCCUAUGCUCACCUAUCGUGUGGAUGCUGACAAGGGCUUCAACUUUUCGGUGGGUGAUGAUGCCUUUGUGUGCCAGAAGAAGAACCACUUCCAGGUGACUGUGUACAUCGGCAUGCUGGGUGAGCCCAAGUAUGUCAAGACACCGGAAGGCCUCAAGCCCCUGGACUGCUUCUACCUAAAGCUGCAUGGAGUAAAGCUGGAGGCCCUGAACCAGUCCAUCAACAUUGAGCAGUCACAGUCAGACCGAAGCAAGAGGCCCUUCAACCCUGUCACGGUCAAUCUGCCUCCUGAGCAGGUCACAAAGGUGACCGUAGGGCGGCUCCAUUUCAGUGAGACCACUGCCAACAACAUGCGCAAGAAGGGCAAACCCAAUCCUGACCAGAGGUACUUCAUGCUAGUGGUGGCCCUCCAGGCACACGCACAGAACCAGAACUACACGCUGGCAGCCCAGAUCUCAGAGCGCAUCAUUGUGCGGGCCUCUAAUCCAGGCCAGUUUGAGAGUGACAGUGAUGUGCUAUGGCAACGAGCACAGUUGCCAGACACGGUUUUCCACCACGGCCGUGUGGGCAUCAAUACUGACCGGCCUGAUGAGGCGCUAGUUGUGCAUGGCAACGUCAAGGUCAUGGGAUCCCUCAUGCACCCCUCGGACUUGCGGGCCAAGGAGCACGUGCAGGAGGUGGAUACCACUGAGCAACUGAAGAGGAUCUCUCGUAUGCGAUUGGUGCACUAUAGAUACAAGCCUGAGUUUGCUGCUAGUGCGGGCAUUGAGGCUACCGCGCCAGAGACAGGUGUCAUCGCCCAGGAGGUGAAGGAGAUUCUGCCUGAGGCUGUGAAGGACACAGGAGAUAUGGUCUUUGCCAAUGGGAAAACCAUAGAGAACUUCCUGGUGGUGAACAAGGAGCGAAUCUUCAUGGAGAAUGUGGGGGCUGUGAAGGAGCUGUGCAAACUGACCGAUAACCUGGAGACUCGCAUAGAUGAGCUGGAGCGCUGGAGCCACAAGCUGGCCAAACUGCGGCGCCUUGACAGCCUCAAGUCCACCGGCAGCUCGGGUGCCUUCAGCCAUGCAGGGAGCCAGUUUAGCCGGGCAGGCAGUGUCCCCCACAAGAAGAGAGCCCCCAAGGUGGCCAGUAAGUCGUCAACAAUGGUCCCGGACCAGGCCUGCAUCAGCCAGCGCUUCCUGCAGGGAACCAUCAUUGCCCUAGUGGUGGUCAUGGCCUUCAGCGUGGUGUCCAUGUCUACACUAUAUGUGCUGAGCCUGCGCUCCGAGGAGGACCUGGUAGAUGCCGAUGGCUCUUUUGCCGUGUCUACUUCCUGUCUCCUGGCCCUGCUCCGGCCCCAGCACCCUGGGGGGAGUGAGGCCAUGUGCCCAUGGUCCAGCCAGAGCUUUGGGACCACACAGCUCCGACAGUUUCCUGUGACCACUGGACUGCCAGGCAAACAGCCCUCUUUGCUCCUGGUUACCAGCUCAGCCUCAGGUCCAGCUGUCCGAACCUUGGACCUGUGUACCAACCAUCCCUGUCCUGUCAUCUGCUGCUCCACCCCUAGCCCCAGGCCUGCUAUAGACCAUAGUCUUGGCCCCACUUUUACCUCUGGUCCCAGCCCUAGUCCCAACCCCGGCACCAACUACUCAGGUCCCAGCCAGAUGGCUCUGCUGCCAGUCACCAACAUCAGAGCCAAAUCCUGGGGCAUUUCAGCCAAUGGCAUUGGUCAUUCCAAACAUCCCAAGAGCCUGGAGCCUUUGGCCAGCCCCGCAGUCCCUUUCCCUGGGGGGCAGAGCAAGACCAAGAAUAGCCCUAGCCUUGGUCUCCACAGCCGUGCCCGCAGAGGAGCCCCUCAGCCCAGCCUGGGCCCUGACCAGCCCACGCAGACCCAGGGCCGGCGAGACCCAGUGCCAUCCCUGACCUCUAUCCAACUACUGGAGAAUUCCAUGCCCAUCACCUCCCAGUAUUGUGUGCCAGAGGAUGCCUGUAGGCCUGGAAACUUCACCUACCACAUCCCCAUUAGCAGUGGCACUCCACUACACCUCAGCCUGACCCUGCAGAUGAACUCCUCUGCCCCAGUGUCUGUUGUGCUGUGCAGCCUGACGUCAAAGGAGGAGCCCUGUGAGGAAGGGAGCUUUCUGCAGAGGCUCCAUCCCUAUCAGGACACCCAGGGCACCUCUCAUCAGUGGCCAGUAACCAUCCUGUCCUUCCGUGAAUUCACAUACCACUUUCGGGUGGCACUGCUGGGUCAGGCCAACUGCAGCUCAGAGGCUAUCCUCCAGACGGGCACAGACUACUACUUUCACUUCUACCGCCUGUGUGACUGAACUGCCCCUCGAGGCAGCACCACAGCAGGGAUUGGGGGUCCCCUGGCCCUCCACACUGGAUGCAAAGGUGUUACACUGGAGUCUGCUGCAGGCCAGCUCUCUGCCGUUCACUGCCUCCCUUCAACUGGGGAGACUGGAAGUCUUCACACUGGAGCUGCUGGGCCUGCUGGUCAUCCUCACACAGUACAGAAGGGGCUAGAGAGACCAACCUCCUGGGCCUUCCUUCUGGCCACCUCCUUGGAGCGGGACAGGAACAAUGGACGGCUGUCCAGAUAUGGCUGCUGGAGGGCUGCCUUCAGGGGUCCUGGAGGUGAGGGGGAGGUGGCACUCACUUGCCCAGUUCUACUCUCCCUGCCUCCCCUCCUGAGCUGGGGUGGAAAGACCACCUAUGGAGGUUUGGACCCAGCCAUAGAAUACCUAGAUGGACCCCCAUGAGUCCACGAAGGGCAGAUAACUCUUACCCUUGAUGCUGUUCCUGGGGGGACAGCUUGGUAGAGGACUUUCUGGGGUUUGACUGUUACAAUGGACUUGGAUUUCUAAGCUUUAAAUGUGGCUCAGGAGAGUUCUCCCAAGAAUUCCCAGGGUGGCCAGGGCCAGCCCUGGAUGGCUGGAGAGACUGACUUUGUGCCUUAAGUCUACUGCCAGUGCCUGAUGAAGCCACCCUCACAGGCCUGAACCAGUGGGGCCAGUAGGUCAGAUAAGCCUUGAGCCCUUGAACCUGGAGUAUCCUGGAAGGGGAGGUUCCCUGUGAGCCCCCAAGAUUGUUCCUGGGCUUUUCCAAGCUCAUGACGGAGUCGACGACACUUGUUCUCUGAGCGGAGGAGCAGGAAUCCCUGCAGCAGGCCGGUUUUCACUGGAGGGUUGAUGCAAGUAACUUGUAUUAUUAAUGAGGUAAUUACUAAAUGCACUUAAACCAGGGCAGGAAGGAGUAGGAUGGAGCUGAAAGCUGAGUGGGCCUCAGCCUGGGGUCUCACUUUUAGACAGAAAGACUCCGGUCCCUCCACAUCAAAGUUCCCCUUGCUGGGCUUGGACCUGUGCUCGGUAGGCCCAUCUCUGUCUCUUCCACCCCCCAGGCAUGGAGCUUGGGGUUAAGGAAGUUUUUCUCAAGUGCCAAUUUCAGCAUCUCUGGGUGGUGCCUGCAGCAUUCUGAAGCCACAUGUAGGCUCCUGAAGAAGUGUGGGUGCCAUUUAGCUGCAGCUGUCAUGGCUCAGCAGUGGGAAGGGGGAGCACCAGGCCUGGCCUGUUCCUGCCUUCCAUUCUCAGCUCUAAGGGGAGGCCUUUCUAGGGGGAGCUGAGUUUGAGAAGCCUGUGAAUUGUGGAUCCUUUCUGCUGUGGAUCUCAAAGCACUUACCUUCACGAUAGGGAAGCAGCAGGGGUACCUUAUCCCUGAGCCCUCUCCCCAACGUGGCUCCACUCCUCCAUUCUGCCAUAGGAAUCAUGACUCCACACAUCAUACAGGGGUCGUCCUUCCUUAGGACUACUUUGUUCUCCCUCCUUCCAUGAGGGAGUCCUUCCUACAGUGCCUUAAGACUGCCGAGGCCCACGGUCUGUAAUAGCAUCCUGGGGCUUCCUCAGUGUGUGUGUGUGUGGGGUGGGGGGGUGUUCAUGGUCUUGGAUUGUAACUCCUCAGUCCUUAACUGGAAAAUGACCCUCUACUGUCCACUGGAGUCCAUCUGGACAUAGCCAGCCGCAGGCCCUUUAGCAUCUGGCUGUUUGCAUGCCUGGGGAGGGGUCCUCGGUAUGAGUUCGGGCCAAACUUGGGCUCCAAGCUGCUUGAGGGGGUCAACCUUGCACCAAAGUUGCCUUAAGCCCCAGGUAUAAAAGGGCUUCAGGGAAGGUGUGAGGGCCACAGGCUAGUGAUUGACAGCUUGCUUGGCCUUCUCUUCCUCUCUCCCUCUACUAACAUGUGUUCCUGUAGCCACUGGGCUAAUCUCCCCCUAGCUUCAAGCUGUACAUAGGGCCUCCCAGUGUAGACCUCUGCCCAUGCCAUACCCUGUUAUAGCCUGCGUGUUCAUACAGCGUGUCUCCCCUCCCGUUAACUCCCAGUCUUUCCUUGAGUUUUGACUCAUAUUUAUCAUGUACCCAUUCUGACUCUGAGGAGGGCAGAGGGAAGCCAUUGGGCCUGCUUGCUUCCUGUCCCCCAAACUGUCAUUUUCUUCUGAAGUAAAUAUACAUAUAUAAAUAAAUGUAUAAAUACUGCUUUGUAUUGGA